AUGCGCGCCACUGUCGCCGGAUCCCUCUUCUCAUGCCUGAUGCAUGGCUUACCAUGUCUCGCCAACCCGCCAGACAACCCGUCAUCCAUAUGCGAUAUACUCAACACGGCUUUGCCAGGCAAGGUAGCCUACCCUGACACGGCUGUGUACAACAAAACGAACGUCUACUGGUCCCGUAGACAGGACAUGGAGUCCUCGUGCAUUGUUCUCCCCGUAUCACCCGAGGAAGUUUCGAAGACUCUGAUGCUCGUCACCAAGAACGGCAGCCCCUUCACCGUCAAGGGCGGAGGACAUACCCCGUUCACUGGAGCAUCGAACAUCGAGAACGGCGUCGUAAUCGCCUUGGACACGUUGAACGCUAUCGACAUCUCACCUGACCUCUCCACCGUUUCUGUCGGCGCCGGCAGCCGCUGGAUCAAUGUCAGCGAGGCUAUCGAGCCCCUCGGUCUCGCUGUCGUCGGAGGCCGCAGCCCCAACGUCGGCGUGUCCGGGUUCCUCCUAGGCGGCGGCCUCUCAUUCCUGACCGGCAGGCGAGGAUUUGGCUGUGACAACGUCCGGAACUUCCAGGUGGCUCUCGUAUCUGGCGAGAUCGUGAAUGCCAACCCCGAAGAAAAUCAGGACCUCUACUGGGCUCUCCGUGGUGGUGGUGGAUCCAGCUUCGGCAUCGUGACCCGAUUUGACCUUGAAACUUACAAGCAAGGCGACAUCUGGAGCCGGCUGACAGUGUGGCCGGCCAGCGAGGCAGCCAACGUUCUCGGUACUUUUUCUACAAUCACCAAAGACAAGCUACACUCUGGACAGGAUCCGGACUCCCACCUCAUGUAUGGUUUGGCCUAUCCCGAUGGUGCGGAGGCAGACGGACUUGUGACGACGGUUUAUGGCUUCCACCUGAACCUUUCGUCUCCGCACGCGCCGGGUGGCGAAUCGGACACCAUGGAGAGCUUCACUCAGCUUCCGGCCCAGCUCAUGAAUAACACGCUUGUCUCGAACCUCACCGGGCAGGUUCGACACCUCUCCAGAUUUGGGGAGGGCAAGAGGGAGACAUGGUACGCUACGUCCAUCCGCGACGGCUCGGACAGCAGGGCCUUCCUGGCCGACAUCACCACCAACUUCACCGCGUUCGCCGACGAGCUCAGAGCAGCUGGAGAUGCUCGGAAAACCGCUGUCCACCCGAGCAUAGUCUUCCAGCCCCUCACCAACCCUUCAUUCGAGGCCAUGCAGAGGAAUGGCGGCAACCCCACGGGCCUCAGACCUAGCGAGUUCCCUUCGUACAUCAUCUCCGUGCCCACCACCUGGACCGAUCCGGCUCUCGACGAUUUCAUUGAGACCCGCACCAACCAGUUCGUCAACGACCUGAGCGCCAUGGCUAAGGCAAGGGGGUUCGGGAACGGCUACGAGUACAUGAACUAUGCCGGGAAGCUGCAGGAUGUGAUUGCAAGUUACGGUGAGGAGAAUCAGGUCAAGCUUCAGGCUAUCGCACGCAAGUAUGACCCGGACGGCCUCUUGCGUAAGCUCUGGGAGGGUUACUUCAAGCCGUAA